AUGAAGAUAUGUCUACGCUAUCUCGGUGACCCUGGAUAUCAACAAGGUAUUGGUCAGGAACUUGGUGUUAGUCAGGCAACGGUAUCUCGGACUGUGAAUAAAGUUGUGAACAGCAUAGUUGCACAGUCGAACGAAUGGAUCAAGUUUCCAACUACCUACCAUGAACUGAUGGAGGCCAAGCGGAUUGGUGUAAUUGAUUGUAUACAUAUAGGAAUCCUGAAACCAAAUCGCCAUGGAGAUGAGUAUAUCAACCAAAAAGGGGAACCUGCUUUAAAUGCGCAAGCCACUUGUGAUGCCAGGGAGAUGUUUACAAGUGUUGGUGUCAGUUGGCCUGGAUCAGUGCAUGAUUCUAGAACAUGGAGAAAUUCACAGACUAGAUCAUAA